AUUUAUUUUAGGAAAUCCGGAAGAGAGCACAACAAACGGUAGAAUCAGUGGAAGCACUUAUAGAUGUAAAACGUCGGGAAAUUCAGUCCCAAAUAACAAUUUUGGAAACCAAAAUAAAAGACAUUGUGGGGAAAGCACUGUCAGAGUAUUCAGAUACUGCAAGAAAUAUAAUAGAAAAUACUAGAAUGGAGAUAGAAGAACAUGACGAGGAUGAAACAUAUGUUAAAACCUCAGCAGUAACUGCUGGCACCGAUAUACUCCGAACGAAAAAUCUUCUUAUUCUUAUUGGUAAAGCUGGAAUUGGGAAAUCCUCGACAGCUUUAGCGAUAGCAUCUUCAUUUCAUGCCAAGGGUAUCAUAGUUAUGAAACUAGAACACAACUUAGCAAAAGAUUUCAAAAGAUACUAUAAACGCCUAUUCAAACAAUUGAUUAUUUUCGAAGACUUUUUAGGGCAAUUUAAUGUCAAAUAUUGUUCCAAAAUAUGUGCAGAUAUUUUAGAUGUUUUGACACCUCAUGUUCAUCGCGGUAUGUCAAAGUUCAUUAUUACAACAAGAACUCAUAAAAUUAAGGAUGCUGCUGAUGAAAUGAUUAAAUGUCAUAAACUGUUUUCAGAAGGCGUUAUAAUUAAUCUUAACGGUGAUUCCAAUUUGUCCACAACAGAAAAAGAAAAUAUUUUGAUAUCACAUGCAAUACAGCAUAAAAUAAAUAUUUGUAAAAAGCACGAUAUGAGACCACUAAGCACUAAAAUUCUUGAUGACAUCGAAUUUGAAAAAAUUAUUGGCACUGACCCAUAUUUAGGAUUUCCAGAGACUUGUCGUUUAUUUUGCUCCUUUGAUAACUUCUUUGCAAUGGGAUACGAAUUCUUUGCAUCCCCAACAGACGAAUUAAAACGUGAAUUAAGACAAUUGAAACGAACAGGCAAUAAGGAAGUUGAUGAUGCUUUAAAGUACUGUGUUCUUGCAAGUUUGAUGUUAGAUACUGUUUGCAAGAUAUCAAUUGGUAUGAAAAAGGGCAUAAUAUGUCGUGAAAACCACGAAUCCUUAAAUAAUCUUUUAAACUUAAAUUGUUCCAUGAUUGAAGUUUUAUACCGGUUACUCUACAGUAAAGAGAUAAGAAUAUCAACAAAUGAUUUACAUGAUAUUUGUAACCAAAUUUCAGAAAACUAUAUAACAAAAGAUUCGGACAGAAAAAAGUACGUGUUUCUUCAUAGCACGGUGCGUGAUGCGGUGUUGUUUUCAUACUGGCAUGAAUCAACAUUGGAAGAUAUCAUAAAAUAUUGUUCGCUUGAUAUAUUAUUAGACUAUGUAAGAACAUGGAAUUAUGUAGAAGAAGGUUAUGGAACAUAUUUAAUUGUACCAAUGUCAAAAUGCACAAUUCUUGCUCAAAGACUUUUCGACAUAUGUCUUGUUUGUAAAGGUGCUAUCUUACUAAGUUCAAUUGUUAUAGAGAAAUCGGAACAUACAUUUAAAUUAUUGAAUCAAAAGCUCACAGAAUGGUGUUCUUUUGAGGCAAACGUCAUCAAUUGUGAGCUUUCAAAACUAAAGAAAUUUAUAAGACCAGCCCAUUACAAGAAUGAAAAUAAUAGACCUUGUGCACGUGCAAAUGAAAACUGGUUAAUAGCGAGACUCAUAAAAGAAUUACCGAAAGCAGACUGUCAAGUAAAAUUUGUAAAAUUUUACAUACAAUUCUAUGGAUGCGCAAGGAGUUUAUCGCAAAAUUCAAUGCAAAACUUACACAAUGGUUGCAAUCAAUCAAAGAUGGUGAAAACUGUACAUGGAAAGUGUUAAACGAAUUUGUUCGUCCAACAAAAUUCAAAAUAGAAAACGGUCAUAUAGGAGCAUCUGCAAAAGACACAUGGAUUAUACAAAGAGUUAUAAAUGAAUUAAUUAAGGUCACGCAUGGUAGAACAUUACAUGUACGUUGGUAUAUUAAGAAAUAUGCAUGUGAAAAAUUUAUCAAGAGUUUCAAUGAUACAUUUUCACAAUGGUUGAAAUUGGAAGAAAAUUUUUAAAAAUGUAGUCUGAAAAUAUUAUUUGAAUUAGUUCGUCCAACAUCGUUUACAAUUGAAAGUGGUAAAAUAGGGGCAUAUACAAACGAUGAUUUUUUGACACAGAAUCUUAUACGCGAACUGGUGAGAACUAGGUCUCAUAAAUUUUUUUAUGUGAAAACUUAUGUUAAGAAGUUCGGUAGCGACAUCUUCGUUAAAGAUUUCAACAAAAAACUCACCGAAUGGCUACAAGCAAAAGAAAAUGUCGUAAAUUGUGAGUUAAACGUGCUAUAUGAAUUUGUUCGACCGACAUCGUUCAAAAUUGGAAGUGGUGAAAUAAGGGCACAUACAACUGACAAAUGGUUGAUACAGAAACUUUUUAAUGAAGUGCAGAGACAAGGUGUUAAAAAAGUUUCUGAUGUACAAAGUUACCUUAAGAAGUUUGGUAGCGAUACAUUCGUUUCAAAGUUUAAUAAGCAUGUCAUGGAAUGGUUACAGUCACAUGAAAAUGUAAUGCAUUGUAAUUUGGACAUGUUGUAUGAAUUUGUUCGCCCAUCCUCUUUUACAAUUAAGAAUGGAGU